AUGUUCCAUCAAAUGACCGACCAAACAGUGAAUGGUAGCUGCGAGGGACCCGCCACCUCAGUCUGCAACAAGAGCAUCACUGGAGACGCACUCCAGCUGCCCACUUUCUCAACAGCAGCCAAAGUCAGAGUCAUUAUCACCUUCACUCUCUGCGCAGUGUCAGCUGUAUGCAACCUGGUUGUACUAUGGGCUGCCAUCAACGGUGGGAGGCGCAAGUCCCAUGUCAAGAUACUCAUCAUGAACCUCACUGUGGCUGACCUGUUGGUGACGUUCAUUGUAAUGCCUGUUGAUGCCGUGUGGAACAUCACAGUUCAGUGGCAAGCAGGAGACGUCGCCUGCAGGGUGCUGAUGUUCCUGAAACUUGUUGCCAUGUACUCAUGUGCUUUUGUCACUGUAGUCAUUAGCCUGGAUAGGCAAUCCGCUAUCCUUAAUCCUUUGGGCAUCAGCGAGGCCAAAAGGAAAAGCAAAAUCAUGUUGACUGUGGCUUGGACGAUGAGUGUGAUCCUGUCUCUCCCUCAGAUGUUCAUAUUUCACAAUGUGACCAUCACAGUUCCUGAGAAUUUCACCCAGUGCACCACUCAUGGGAGUUUUGUCAAGCACUGGCAGGAGACCCUCUACAACAUGUUCACCUUUGUGUGCCUCUUCCUGCUCCCUCUGGUCAUCAUGAUCUUCUGCUACACGCGAAUCCUCAUUGAGAUAUCCAGCCGCAUGGCCCGCAGUAACUUGCUGUCUAGAGAUGUGCAUCUCCGUCGCUCCCACAACAACAUCCCUAAAGCUCGGAUGAGAACUCUGAAGAUGAGCAUCGUCAUAGUGACAUCAUUCAUCAUCUGCUGGACCCCAUACUACCUGCUUGGUCUGUGGUAUUGGCUGUUCCCCGAAAAAAUGGAGGAAACAGUCUCUCAUUCGUUGACUCACAUGCUGUUUAUCUUCGGACUCUUCAACGCCUGUCUGGACCCCAUCACUUACGGCCUGUUCACCAUUCAUUUACACCAGGGUCUCAAGAGGUGCUACAGUGGAGCAACAGCUGCAGAUCUUUUAAAGAAAAGCAUAGCUAAAAAAGAAGCACUAGAAAGAUGA